GUGCAGUUGUGAAAUGUAUGAACAAAUUGGACUGUUCAAUAAGUUCGCGCCGCGAAGAAUGUUGAGAGUGGUGGUGGCGGCGGAGUAAACGGCCUACCAGGCGAUAAUAAGGCCACAUUGAUAGCUCCAAGUACAUACGUAUAAUUGCGACGCGUGUAUAUAUAGCAGCAAGUUCUCUCUUGAACGCCGAGUCUCUCGUGCGUUGUGCUUAUCAAGAUAUUCAGAAGCGACUUGACACAAGCGGAUCACGGCUGAAGACUAAACUUGUUUUGAAUUUCCGUUGAAAAAUCAUGGCUAAGGACAAUCUUACUGCUAUACUGUAUGGCAUCAACGAUUUGCGCCUGGAAAACACGAGUAUCGAGGAACCAGAAGACGAUGAGGUGCUUCUCGAAAUGGGAUGCGUAGGAAUCUGUGGGUCGGACAUUCAUUAUCUUGUUAAUGGCAGAAUUGGCGAUUUCAUAGUGAAGAAACCCAUGAUCCUUGGUCAUGAGUCCUCUGGAACUGUUGCCAAACUUGGAAAAAAUGUUACGAAUUUAAAGGUCGGUGAUCGUGUUGCUAUUGAACCUGGCGUGCCUUGCAGGAUGUGUACACAUUGUAAAGAGGGACGUUAUAAUCUGUGCAAAGAUGUUGUCUUUUGCGCAACUCCGCCUGUGCACGGCAACUUAAGACGUUUCUACAAACAUGCAGCUGAUUUCUGCUUCAAAUUGCCCGAUCAUAUAAGCUUAGAAGAAGGAGCGCUUUUAGAGCCAUUAUCGGUGGGAGUACACGCUUGUAAACGGGGCGAGGUUGGAAUCAGUUCUAAAGUACUAAUUCUGGGAGCUGGUCCGAUCGGUUUGGUGACCUUGCUGGUAGCCAAAGCCAUGGGUGCGAAGAAAAUAGUUAUUACGGAUAUCUUGCAAAGUAGACUGAACAUAGCGAAGAAACUUGGCGCCGACGUCACGUAUCUGGUGCAAAAGGAUAGAUCGGAGAAGGAUACAGUGACUGAUAUUCAUGCAAUUUUCGAGGGUGAACCUAACAGAACGAUAGAUGCCUCCGGUGCACAAUCCUCGAUUCGUUUAGCGAUUCUUGCGACCAAAUCUGGUGGAGUCAUUGUGUUAGUGGGAAUGGGUGCUCCAGAGGUACAAAUUCCACUAAUAAACGCUUUAAUAAGAGAAGUCGACAUCAGGGGUGUUUUCCGAUACGUAAAUGACUAUGGCGAUGCAUUGGAUCUUAUCUCGUCUGGCAAGAUAGACGUGAAGUCGUUGGUCACUCAUAAUUACAAGCUAGAGGAGACCAAGCAAGCGUUUGAGACCUGCAAAACUGGAGCAGGUGGAGCUAUCAAAGUUAUGAUUCACUGUAAAUAAACGAAUAAUUCUCUGCGAGAAAUGUUACGCGAAAAGUUUUAUAUUAUGCGUCGUUUUAAACUGAAUUUAAUUAUGUAAGUAAUCUUCUUAUAAUCUCUUUGGUGUUUGAUUUAAUUAUGGUAAAAAAAU